AACUUUUCCUCUGCACAGGUUUUGAUAAAUCUCCCCCCUACUAAUGUUUCUGUUCAGGUAUUAAUAAGAAGGUUUCCUUGUUUAGCUACGUAAAGUGACACCGGGGGUGGGGAGGAGUUGCAGGACUACAUUUCCCAUGAUGCAUCUGGAGAGGGCUCGUGCACCUGUAGAGAAGCCUGUACAGUAUUGUGAUCAUCCCAGAGAGGGAGACAGGCGUCCAGCACUUCCUUCUGGUUCAAUCUGACAGUAAACGAUGAAUAACUAUGAAAUCAUUCGGAUGAUCGGAGAAGGAGCAUUUGGAAAAGCUUUUCUGGCCAGAGGAAAAAGGGACAGUAUACAAUGUGUGAUCAAAGAAGUGAAUCUCUCCAAGAUGGCCAGAAAGGAGAAAGAGGCUUCCCACAAAGAAGUGACCCUACUAGCAAAGAUGAAUCACCCCAAUAUUGUGAAGUUUUUCACAUCAAUAGAAGACAAUAAUCAUCUGUACAUUGUCAUGGAAUACUGUGAUGGCGGAGACCUGAUGAUCAGGAUUAACAAGCAGAGGGGUGUUCUGUUUGAUGAAGACCAGAUCCUUAACUGGUUUGUGCAGAUUUCUCUGGGAUUAAAACACAUCCAUGACCGCAAAGUACUUCACCGCGAUAUUAAAGCACAGAACAUCUUUCUCACUGAUAACGGGACAGUGGUCAAGUUGGGAGACUUUGGUAUAGCGAGGAUACUGAACAGCACAAUGGAGUUGGCCAGGACGUGUGUAGGGACUCCUUACUACCUGUCUCCAGAAAUCUGUGAAAACCGACCCUAUAACAAUAAAACGGAUAUCUGGUCUCUCGGAUGCGUGCUGUAUGAACUUUGCACCCUCAAACAUCCAUUUGAAGCCAGCAGCCUAAAGCAACUGGUGUUGAAAAUCAGCCGGGGCCGGUAUGAGCCACUUUCCUCAAAGUAUUCGUAUGAUCUGAGGACUUUAAUCUCUCAGCUCUUUAAAAUCUCCCCACGAGACCGACCAUCUGUCAAUUCCAUACUGAAGAAGCCUUUUCUGGAAAGACGGAUAUGCAAUUUUUUAAGUCCAAAGGUAAUAGAAGAGGAGUUCAGCCAUACUGUACUACACAGGAGAAAGCCUGCACCAGUGAAACCAGCACAUGGGCCAGUAACACCCAAGCAAGCACCAGCUUCAAGAAAUAACAGAGUUCAGGAAUUUCAACCUCAAAAGCCUAAAGUAGUGACUCCACCAAGGCGUGCGGAAUAUCCUCACAGGAAUGAAUGGAAGCCCCCUUCACGUGUUCAGCACCACAACCCUUUCAAGGUGCCUGGUCAGAAUUGGGUACACAAAGAGGAAAAGUUACCACCGGGAAGGAUGAAUGGACAAUAUGAACAUUACUAUGCCAAACUCAACAACAUACAACACAGGCCUUAUGAAUAUCAACCUCACUUUGGCCCACGAGGAAACCAAAGAGUUGACUCCCCACCUCAAUGGAAUGACUAUUUGCAGAGGAAACAGGAGGCAGAACGAAUAAAAAUGAAGGUUGAAAAACAACUGGGGCUCCGUCCUUCGUCUGCUGAUCACCAUGGUAGACAUAUACCUGUGACACGGGUGGACGUGCAAGUUAAUCAUGCAGGGAACAGAUUACCACAGAAACAACACGCCAGAGACCAUGAGGAAUAUCUGAGACAACUCGAAAUGAUCCGCCAACAACAUCACAAACAAGUUAGAGAGAUCAGACUGAAAGCUGCCGCCGCUGCCCGUCAGGAAUUUCCUAAAGCAACAGACGGGACAUAUCUUGUAAAGCCAGGAAACAAGGCAGGACAAUUUCCUGCAGACCGGCCAGAUGGAGAACAGGCUGAGGAGAUUCAACUACAGUUUGACAAUAUCCUCAAGCAAAACAGACUAGAGAGAAAAGCAUUGGAAGAGAAGUAUAAAGUAAAGGGUGGAAUAAGAUUUGAAAUUGACAUCACAGAAGAGUUUCAGACAGAUGGUCCCACUGCUGAUGACCCUAACAGAGAACAUGAAGAGGAAAAUGAUCCUCUCAAUGACACAUUAACCUUUGAACAUGGAGAAAGAUUAGAGGGCACCAACUGGCACAAGAUUUGUAUGGAUCAAGAUCAUGGAAAUUUAAAUAACCGAAAACAAUGGAGUCCGAAAGAGCCUCAGACACUUCUUGGUAAUCUAAGGGCUGUUGCCAUCACAUCUGAGUGCAAUACUAUGGGGGAAACGGUGUGGGAUGGGGAUAUCUCCCCCUCUGUCAUAGCAGAAGAUGAUGAUCCCUCAGCAAACAGGAGACUUUGGAGGCAUGAGGCCCCACAAACUCUGAUGAGAGUCUUGGAGGCAGCAGAUAUGGAUGACUCCUUUGCACCUGAAGACUUCCAAGAUGGAACACUGAAGCAAUGGACGCCAGCCACUAAUGAACCAGAAGCAGACAUGACAUCUGAUGAUCUGGAUGAAGAACGAUUUGAGCCAAGAUCCGAUGAUGAAGACACCACCUUUGAAGAGUCUGAAGAUGAGCUGGAAGUUAUAGAGAUGAUGGAAAAAGUUUUAACGCCCAGAGAUGAUGAUGAAGAUUAUGAGGAUGCUGUAGAGAAAGCUAAAAAGGAAACCUGUAGUGACAAAGUGUCCCUGGGAAGCCGAGAUCACAUAGAAGCCGUGGCAGACCAGUCAACUGUGGAGAAAGCAGAAGGUUCAGAUAAUAACCAGGACUCGUCUCCAUCUAUAAGCUCCAUGGAGAAUGAUCAUGGACCAGUCAUUUCAGGAGGACAGGCUGAAGAAGUGAAAUCUGAACUCUGCUCCGAUAAUAUUUCUGAGGCGUCAGAUCCCGCCACUAAAAGCAAUACACAGUCUCCUAUUUGUUCUGUAGAAUAGAUAUGGUGGUGGACUUCAUUUCAUGUGUGUAAAAGGAAAUACUUUGUGUAAAUGAGAAACUUGAUCUCUUUUUAAAUCUAACGAAACCCCCUUACGCGGGUUAUCCCUAAAUUUAAGGUGUGUUUACAUGCUAAGGCUAAUUAGCGGCACCACAGCUGAUUAACGCACGUUUUCUGCCGUGAAUGACCAAUAUUGUGAAAAAUUGCACAUUUUACAGCGAUUACACAAAUUAUGCUUACUACUGUAAAAUGCGCCAUUUUUACAAUUACGGAUGUUUGCGACAAAACCACACGUGGUAAUUAGCUGCGGUACCACUGAUUAGCCGCAGCAUGUGAACAUAGCCUAACAUUUUUUACCAAUCGUCACACCAGGUCAUUAUGAACAGAUUAUUGGAUUGAGUCCAACAUAGUACAGUGCUUGUCUAUACAGUGGUCUCUCAAGUUAUAAUAUUAAUUGGUUCCAGGAUGUAAGUUCCAUUGUAUGUUGAGACCUGAACUCUAUGUAAAUCGGAUAUAUGGUUCUGAAGUGAGGAUUAAGGAAAAAUAAGUAGACAGCCAAUGCAGAUAAAGCUAGUUCUUACAUAUAAAUGAAAGAAAGAUCUGCUGAAAGCUGUAAAUCACUGUCUAUGUAGAGGACAGGAGCUGCUUCAGGGUCCUGUACAGUGCACAGUGUCCUAAAAGAGUAACAUGGAGCCGCCCCCCACCUGGUGUCCAAAGGCGCAGCUAAGGCUGGGUU